CCCCUUGUCCCUCGUUCUUGGCCGGCGCCAGCAUGGGCGCAGCCAGCGCCGCCUUCUUAGUCCUGCUGGCAGCGUCCAGGCUUCUUCCUCUGAUCGCGGCAGGUGAAGUACAGAUCCCAGAUCCUGAUGAUACUUUGGGCCAAAUGGAUGGACAUAUUAGACCCGUUCCAACACACAAAGGCUACUUUUUGACCUUUUUGGAACCAGUAAACAAUAUCACCAUUGUCCAGGGCCAGACAGCAAUUCUACACUGCAAAGUAGCAGGAAAUCCAUCACCCAAUGUUAGAUGGUUAAAAAAUGAUGCACCAGUGGUUCAAGAGCCAAGAAGGAUCAUUAUAAGAAAAACAGAUUAUGGCUCACGAUUACGAAUCCAAGAUCUUGACACAACUGAUACUGGUUAUUAUCAGUGUGUAGCCACAAAUGGGAUGAAGACAAUAACUGCAACAGGAGUUCUUUUUGUAAGACUAGGUCCAACACACAGUCCAAAUCAUAAAUUUCAAGAAGAUUACCAUGAAGAUGGGUUUUGCCAGCCUUACAGGGGAAUUGCCUGUGCGCGAAUCAUUGGAAACAGGACUAUUUAUGUGGAUUCCCUUCAAAUGCAAGGGGAAAUUGAAAACCGAAUUACUGCUGCAUUUACUAUGAUUGGCACAUCCACCCAUUUAUCUGAUCAGUGUUCCCAGUUUGCCAUCCCAUCUUUCUGUCACUUUGUGUUCCCACUGUGUGAUGAGCGUUCCCGGACACCUAAGCCUAGAGAGCUGUGUCGUGAUGAGUGCGAAGUUCUAGAGAACGAUCUCUGUCGGCAGGAGUACCACAUUGCUAGAUCCAAUCCUCUCAUUCUGAUGCAGCUCCAGCCACCUAAAUGUGAAGACUUGCCACUGCCUGGUUCUUUGGAGGCUUCCAACUGUAUAAAAAUUGGAAUUCCUGUAGAACGGCUCAAUAGAUAUCACCAGUGUUACAAUGGCUCUGGUGCUGAUUAUAAAGGAACCAUUAGUGUCACAAAGUCAGGCCACAAUUGUCAGUAUUGGGAUUCCCAGCAUCCUCAUCCCCAUGACUUCACAAGUACAGAGUUUCCCGAGCUUGGAGGUGGGCAUGCUUAUUGCCGCAAUCCUGGAAGCCAAAUGGAAGGACCUUGGUGUUUUACUCAGAACAAAAACGUACGCAUGGAACUGUGUGAAGUACCUGCAUGUAGCCCACGGGACAGCAGCAAAAUGGGAAUCCUCUACAUCCUGGUUCCAAGCAUAGCCAUCCCUUUAGUUAUUGCCUGCCUUUUCUUCUUGGUCUGCAUGUGCAGAAACAAGCAGAAGGCAUCUGCCACCACUCCACAGCGUCGUCAGCUGAUGGCCUCUCCCAGCCAAGAUAUGGAAAUGCCUCUCAUUAAUCAGCACAAACAGAAUAAACUAAAAGAAAUCAGCCUUUCGACUGUGAGAUUCAUGGAGGAGCUGGGUGAAGAGAAGUUUGGAAAAGUUUAUAAGGGUCACCUAUUUGGCACAGCGCCAGGGGAGCAAACACAAACCGUUGCCAUCAAAACACUCAAGGAUAAAGCAGAUUUAACUCUCCGAGAAGAAUUUAAGCAUGAAGCAAUGAUGAGGUCAAGAUUACAGCAUCCCAAUAUAGUUUGUUUACUGGGAAUAGUGACCAAAGAACAGCCCAUCAGCAUGAUUUUUAGUUAUUGUGCUCAUAGUGACCUCCAUGAGUUCCUUGUGAUGAGAUCUCCCCACUCUGAUAUUGGUAGCACUGAUGAUGAUAAAACAGUGAAAUCAACAUUGGAGCCAGCUGAUUUUUUCCACAUUGUAACUCAGAUAGCAUCAGGAAUGGAAUAUCUCUCAAGCCACCAUGUGGUCCACAAAGAUUUGGCCACCAGAAACGUGCUUGUGUUUGAUAAACUCAGUGUGAAAAUAUCUGACUUAGGUCUUUUCAGGGAAGUUUAUUCUGCUGAUUAUUAUAAACUGAUGGGAAAUAAUCCUCUUCCUAUUCGAUGGAUGUCCCCUGAAGCAAUCAUGUAUGGCAAAUUUUCAGUUGAUUCGGACAUCUGGUCUUAUGGCGUAGUGCUGUGGGAGAUUUUCAGCUAUGGCUUGCAACCUUACUGUGGCUAUUCCAAUCAAGAUGUCAUUGAGAUGAUUAGAAACAGGCAAGUUUUGCCAUGUCCCGAUGACUGUCCUGCAUGGAUGUACUCGCUGAUGCUAGAAUGUUGGAAUGAAUUUCCCAAUAGAAGACCAAGAUUCAAAGAUAUCCACAACAGAUUGAGAACAUGGGGAAACCUGUCGAAUUACAACAGUUCUGCACCAACCUCUGGGGCAAGCAAUACUACACAAACCAGUUCACUCAGUACAAGCCCUGUUAGUAAUGUCAGCAACACCAGGUAUGUUGGGCCAAAGCAGAAAACCCAAGCGUUCUCUCAGCCACAGUUCAUACCAAUGAAAGGACAAAUAAGACCAAUGGUGCCCCCUCCUCAACUUUACAUUCCUGUCAAUGGUUACCAACCAAUGCCAGCUUAUGGAGCAUAUUUGCCAAAUUUCUAUCCUGUCCAAAUCCCAAUGCAGAUGGCUCCUCAACAGAUGGCUCCUCAGAUGAUUCCAAAACCAGCUUCCCAUCAUAGUGGGAGUGGUUCCACUAGUACAGGAUAUGUAACAACUGCUCCCUCCAAUGCUUCCAUGGCUGACCGGGCUGCUCUCCUGACUGAAGGAGUAGAAGAGAUACAUAAUGGGACAGAAGACAUUGCUCAGAAUCUGGUCCAGGAAGAGGAGGAAGAAGAAGGCUCUGUGCCCGAAACAGAAUUAUUGGGUGAUAAUGACACUCUUCAGAUGGACGAUGCCGAAUUUCAGUCAGAACCCUAAGGAUGUUGCCUUAUCACGACGACAAUACUGGACUUCUUUUUAGUUUGCUGAAGACUGUAGUUCUUUUGAUUUAUACAAUCAGUGUUUUACUUCAGACUCCUGUCUACAACUGCUAACUCCAAAUCUACAUAAAGGCAGCAGUAUUGAAUACGCCGUUUUAAUGGAUUAUUUUUCCAGAAGAAAUUUGCAAACAUGAUGUAGAAUAGUUAUUUUAAAAUCUAGGGUUGAUUACAGCUCUUGCAGGGAGUCUGCUUUUAUAAAAUUCUGUUGCUGUGCAACAUAUAGUAGAAAUGCAUUGCACCUCGUGUAUAUCUUGAACUCUGAUUGUAUUGUUAAUGAAUGCUGGUUAAAUUGAUAACUGAGCAAAGUAGCUGACAUGGAAUUGAGCUGCAUGCCAAGAGAUGGCCAAAAGGUUUCUUUUUUAAAAUAAAUAACAGGUUUAUCUUGCUGAUGCAUUAAACUUUCAGUGGAAUUAUUCAGAAUUGGGUAAAGUGCAGGGAAAAGCA